ACAUUCUACCUCAAAUGAAAUUACUAUAAAUGCUCUAAGACAGUGACCGCACACUCCAUCCCUGAUCAUCACAAACGAUCUUUGAUUCGACCGUCUUUACCAACGCCUCGCGUCGUUCAUCGUGCAUCUGCUUCAGCCGACCGCAUUGAGAGAGUUUGCAUAGAAUUAACAUCAAUUAAAUUAACUUAAGAGUAUAGUUUUCAUAGGAUAACCAUAGAUCCAGGCAAUUUCUCGCAAUCCUGCACAGUUAAGCAGAUUUGGCGGAAACAACGCACAGAAGAAAAUGGGGGGAACAGAAAGUUCAAGAAAAGCAGAACUGGACAAAUGGGAGCAGAAACUGGACGAAAGGGAGAAGAAACUGGAUAAAAGAGUGGAGGAACUGGAUAAAAGAGUGAAGGAACUGGAUGAAAGAGUGAAGGAACUGGACAAAAGGGUGAAGGAACUGGAUAAAAGUGCAAUGAGGGCUGGAGCAGUGAGCGCUGUGCAACACAACAGCCAAGAAUUAGAGACGAAGAAUGAUGAACCCACUUGUCGAAGACUAUUCUGUUGCUGCUGACCAUUUGGACUGUUACUGGUGCUGGAGGUUGGAUUUCCCUGGGUUACCGUUCGCCUCUCUGGACUGCUUUGUUGCCAUGGACGACUGCCUGAUUCUGAUCAUGAGUUGAGAUUUCCCUGUUGGUCCUGUUUGCCCCUCACCUGACCAUCCUGUCUGUCUGACAUUGAUUCUGGUCUCACGAGUCGGACCAUUCUCCUCUCUACUGUCUAGAACUGAUUUGGAGCCGUGCGGCUCAAAAUAGUAGAUUGUGCGCAUGUUUUAGUAAAUCGAGGGACGGAAGUAGUAAAUCAUGCCCACGGUUUAAUUUUUUUAUGUUGCAUGUUUUUAUCUUGCACGAUUGUGACAAUGUAUGUGUUUUUCAAGCCAUCUUGGUUUUUUAUAAGUGAGUUUUUAUAAGCAAUAC